UAAACCGAAGAAGUCGACGCUCCCAUAAGAAGAAACAGACUGCCGUUCUCUCUCGCAUCUAAUCCGUAGCAAUGGCGACAACAACGCCUUCCAAGUCUGUACACUUCUCUCAUCUCGUUAAAACUCCCGUCUUUCCUUGUCGCCACUGGAUCUCCAACCUCCAAAUCCCAACUCUUCCCUCUCCUCUCAAAACCCUAACCCUAACUCCUAGAAGAUCCCUCAUCGCCCCUCUAUUCGCCGCCGCCGACAAUAACCCCACCUCCUCCAGCCCCAUCAAAACAUUCCACGGACUCUGCUACGUUGUCGGCGACAACAUUGAUACCGAUCAAAUCAUCCCCGCCGAACACCUCACUCUCGUCCCAUCCAAGCCCGACGAGUACCGCAAGCUCGGCUCCCUUGCUUUCGUCGGCCUCCCGACUGCGUCAUACCCCGUUCCAUUUGUCAACCCCGGCGACAACUCCACUCGUUUCUCGGUCGUCAUCGGGGGCGACAACUUCGGAUGCGGGUCCUCCCGCGAGCACGCUCCUGUUGCGAUCGGAGCCUCCGGUGCACGCGUCGUCGUGGCGGAGAGCUAUGCGCGGAUCUUCUUCAGGAACUGCGUGGCCACCGGUGAGGUCUACCCUUUGGAGACGGAGGAGGUCGGGAUCUGGAAGGAGUGCUCUACUGGGGAUACUGUGACUGUUGAUCUUGCAGGUAACCGCUUGAUUAACCACACUAAGGGGAAAGAAUAUAAGCUGAAGCCGAUUGGGGAUGCCGGCCCGGUGAUUGAGGCGGGAGGGAUUUUUGCUUAUGCGAGAAAAACGGGAAUGAUUGCUUCCACGGCUGCUUAAAAGUUAUAUUUUUGUGUGUGUGUGUGUGGGAAUAAUCCAUGUUCUGUAACAUCUUCGGACUCUAGAGAUUGCUUUUGAGUUGAUGAAGUGGUUGUUGGUGUUCUUUUAGAGGUCUUGAAUUAUUGAGUUGGAUGGCUUGAGGUUUGAUUAAUAGAGUUUUAAAAAAUAAAAUUGCCAGCAAAGUAUGUCAACAAUCUAUG